AUGGCGAAGAAGGUUACGGCCGAUCUAGAUUCUGACGAUGAGAUGAUUGUUCGCAUGAAGGAGGCCCGUUUUCUGGAGAAGGAUAUUGCAGAAGCGCUCGUCAAAGCUGGUCGUACUACCUACAAUCCCAAGACCAUUGGAACUCGGUGGAGACGCUUGAAAACGGCCCUGCAGAAGAGACAAGAUGAGUUGCUAGACGCCGAGUUGACCGACUGGCACGAUGGCGACGAUGAUAUUUUGCUUCAAGCAAUUGCCAAAGCCGACACUGAGGUCCAAAGACUCACCACACAGAUCGAAAAUCAGAAAUGGCGCAUGGUGGCCGACGGCAUGAAGAGCAUGAGGCCAGUUGUCAAUUUCUCCCAGAAUGCUUGCCGAGAGCGAUUCCAGGCCUUGAUAGAUGGUACCGCGAAGCCAACUCCAGAAUCCAUCCCAGAUCCAACUCCUGAGAUUCUUGAACGCAUUCAGGCACGGAAGGACAAAGAAUAA